AUCCAUGGAGUCCUGUCACUCCAUAAUGCUGGAUUAGAGUCUUCCAUCAACACCUCCGUAUCUUUCUCCGAGGGGAUUUGCCAAGAGGAAAUGACGUCAGUCCAAAACUCGACAGUUAAUCGACAGCGGCACAGCGACAAAAUUGAAAAGACCCAAUCCACGGGUACACUCUCCUCUGCCAUCAAGGCUGCACACACUCGAACACAUCGUGUGGUAUUUGCAGCACCAAGUGAAGAACAGAAGCACCUUUGGGUGAACGCUCUUAACAAAGUUAUUGGCCAGGAAAAAAGCGGUGAGGACAAGUCCCAGUUGCAUUCAAUAUCAAGCUCACAACUCAUUCCAAGAAAUCUGUCAAAACGCGAUCAGUUGGACAGUAAAGACGGAUCCGAUGCUAAGUCAAGCAUUAUGGAGGCACCGUCUGACGUGAUUUCCAACACCGAUGGCAAUUACUUGGGUCUUCUUGGCCCAAGGUCUCAUGUCCAGCAGACAGUCCUGCGUUGUAGUGGUCUUGCCUACGUUUGCUGGCACAGACGUCUCAGUGUCUCACUUGACAAUAUUCUCAAUGCCAACCAAUAUGAAAUAAGUGGCUACCUUCUGAGGAAAUUCAAGAGUAGUUGUGGUUGGCAGAAACUGUGGUCAGUGUUCACUGACUUCACCCUCUUUUUCUACAAAUCGCCGGAAGAAUUUACUCCGAUUGCAAGUCUCCCGCUGUUGGGCUAUCGUCUGGAGUCAGCACGACCAUCUUCCACGACGGUCGCGAUGUCGGGCGACGCUGACGAUCAAACGCUUCACAAAUCAGAAGUCCUUCAGCUCACCUACAAAUCUCAUGUAUAUUACUUCCGAACAGACACACCUGUCUCCUUUGAAAGGUGGCACACUGCACUCUCCUCCGCUCUAAAUCCCCUUUCCUACGAGAACAAGUGA